UAGUACUAUAGUUACUAUAACUGAAAUAAUGGAAGCUAGCCGUGUCCUUGUUCCUGGUUUUCUUAUAUUUAUUCUUCCAGUAUGUCUGUCUGUGCCGUUGUGGGACCGUGCUUCUCUUGUCUGUGCUGCUAUUUCUGGAAAACAUGUACUAGAGGAGGACUCCAAUCGAUAUUUUCUGGUCCCUCCGACUUGUGAUCAAGGAGAAGUAGCCUGGAGAAUGACCCAAUCUUACGUCGCCCUCCGGUUUUGGAGACCUAAGCCAUUCACAGUGUGUUUCAGCAGUAACACGCCUGUCAAUUACGAGAAAUAUCACGUUUUCAAUGCUUCUUUUGGAAAUAUGUACGCCGGAAGUCCCAAUAUGUACAAAAAGACCUGUAUUAAUUCCAUUGGAAAUAGGUUGGACAUAAUAGUGCAGGCCAAAAAAUCCUUUUACGUCAUGAGAGCUAAGUUUACUGUCCACUGCAAUUCCUGAGCUGCCGUGUCGAUGGACACUGAAUGAACCAGACGACCUGAAGCAGUCUGGAAACAACGCUCCCGGUGACCCAUCCUGUCACAUGACCGGAAGUCAAUUAGCUAUACCACAAUGACGCGCCAAAGCAUGUCUCAGUUAGUCUCCAAUCUGAUGUCUCAAUCUACAAAGCGGUCUUUAGUGCAAGUGCUUUCCUGAAGAAUUAGCAGAAUAUUUUAUUGUGAUAGGACCUAUUUUCGCCUUAUGUUU